UUGUUGGCUGCUGACUGCUGGCUGCGAACUGCCAGCUGCACGUCCCAAGUUGCCAAACACACAAACAAGGCAAACGGGGCACUUGCUGCUAUUAUAUACAUAAUACAGACACAUUGCCAAGCGCAAAUACGUACGUAUACAUACAUACGACGGUCGUGUGCUGCACAUACGUAUUGUUAAAUGCAGCGAGCAUCCGCGUACGCGAUAAUCUCGGCGCUGAGUUGCGGAUAAAACUGGCCUGCAGCUCGUUGUGCGCGACGAUGAUAAUAAACUUUUUCGACAAUAUUACUGUGUUGUUGUUGUUGUCUCAGCCGCAAUAGUGGCCAAGUUAAUUGGAAUCAUGGAGGCUUGCAAUGCCGUGGAGCGCGAGGUCGACAAGGUCCUCACCAAGUUCGGGGCUAUCAACGACCAUGCGGACACUACGAUACGGGACAUCAUUAAUCACAUCGAGUCCCUCAGCAAAGAGAUCGAGGAAGCUCCAGAAGAUCAGCAGCUAACACCAGAACAGGUACAAGUCUUAAAACAAGCGAUGACCAAGGCUAGAGAUACUGUAGCUAGAUUAGCGACAGAUCACAGGGAAUUGCAUAGUACAGUAUCUAAAGUUGGUAAAGCGAUUGACAGAAAUUUCAUUGCUGAUUUUGCUAGUACUAGCAGAGAAGAUGUAUUUGCUGGUGCAGAAAAAACACACCUUCUUAAUCAAGUCAUUUGUCAACAUUUUUAUCGUCAAGGAAUGUUAGACAUUGCUGAUGAAUUGGCAGCUGAAGCCGGUAUUAAAACUGAUGAGGGAAGGAAAGAACCUUUUACUGAACUAAAUUAUAUUCUGGAUUGCUUGAAACAAAAAAAUCUUGAUCCUGCUUUGGAAUGGGCAACUAGGCAUAGAGAUGCUUUAAUUGCACAAAACUCUUCGUUGGAAUUUAAACUACAUAGACUUCAAUUUAUUAGAUUAGUUCAAGAAGGACCAAGCAAACAAAGCGAAGCAAUCACUUAUGCUCGCAAACAUUUGACACAAUUUGUUAAUCGACAUGAAAAAGAAGUGCAAUCCCUCAUGGGAACUUUGUUGUAUUUACCAAAUGGAAUUCAAUCAUCUCCUUAUAGCCAUUUAUUAGAUCCAAUGUUAUGGCUUGAUAUUCAUGAUGUUUUUACUAAAGAAGCUUGUACACUUUUAGGAUUAAGUGUUGAUAGUCCAUUAUCUGUUUGUAUAAAUGCUGGAAUCACAGCACUUCCUGCUUUAUUAAACAUUAAACAAGUUAUGCAACAGCGUCAAGUUUCUGGAAUUUGGAGUGGCAAAGAUGAACUUCCUAUUGAAAUUGAUCUGGGGAAACAAGGCCGUUAUCAUUCAGUGUUUGCAUGUCCAAUUUUAAGACAACAAAGUACUGAAAAUAAUCCACCUAUGAAACUGGUUUGUGGUCAUGUAAUCUCAAGAGAUGCUCUGAAUAAGCUCACAAAUGCCAACAAGAACCAAUUUGUUUCUAGGCUUAAAUGCCCUUACUGCCCUGUGGAUCAAAAUCCUGAAGAUGCCAGGCUCAUUUACUUCUAGUGUGCUGUGAUAGUAAAAGGAGAAAUUUUAUAUAUUACAUUCGGAAUUCCCAUUUAUUUUAUACUCAGCAAUCAGAGAUAAUGGUAAUGCGAAUUUAAUUGUGAAACAAUUGUUAAUGAUCAAGAUUUCGUAGUUAAUUUUAAAUCGCAUUGCACUGGUUUUUAUUUCGAUUUUUUAGUGUAAAAAUAAUUUUUUGUCUAAGUUUUGGGGUUCAACAUUUUUAUUUUUAUUAAAUUUAUUAAAGAAAUUCGAAUAAAUUCAAUAUUUUUAAGGUAUUAUGUUUCGAACAGUCGAUAUACAGUUUAAAGUAAACUACAUGCCUUUCAAACGGACGCAUGUUUGUACAUAAAUAAUUAUAAAUUAUUUAAAAUUAAUGAGUCCUAUUAAAAGUAUAAAAUCGAAUACCUUGUAAAGGCAUGAUUUCGAAGAAAAAAAUGGUAAAUGUUAAGAUGAAAAAAUAAUAAAACUACCAGGCUGCUUUUAUAAUCUUUUGAAAAAUCGCAGUUCAUAUGAUGAUAUUAACAGCGAAAAAAGUUUGAAUAUAUCGUAGUUACAGUACUUGCUCAAACGAUAUUCAAUUUAAUGAUUGAUGAAUUAUUUAAAAAAUCAAUUAUUCUUUGUAAUAAAUAUUAAUUAAUUAAUACAUAAACAAAUAAAUUAGAUAGUCAUUAGUGUAUUAAUGGAGUUUGAAGGAGUAGCUGUUUUAUAUAUUGAUUAUCAGAAAAUAAUUAUGUUAUAGCUCUAAAUAAAUACUUUAUUAUAUAAGUUGACUUUGUGUAUCAUUUACAGUUUCGUAUGUAAAUAACCGAGAUGCUUACAUAAUAGUUGCUAACUUAAUUAAUGUAAGAUCAUUUUAUUUUCUUUGAUUACUUUUUUGGCGCUAUUUCCCGUAAUCAUUUCAAGAGUGGUAGCAAAUGAUUUGAUAUAUUAUAGUUUUUAGUAAGGUGUCUUUCUGAAUAUUUGUAAAAUAAAAAGUAAAAUUUAACAAAAGUGUUACUAUUUAAUUAAAAUUAUUGAUGAAUUUUAUUACGUAUAUAGGUUGAAACUAAUGAAUAAAAGAUAUUACGAAAACUUUUAUAAAAAAAAAGUUUCCUUAAGUGUAAAUAAAAAAGUUGAAUAAUCAUUGUACGAAGCUUGUUUGAACGACCUUGAAGUCAUUAGAAAAAAAAACAAUCGUAAAUAUAACAAGAGCCUUAUGAAUAAAGUAAUUACUAAAAGAAAGGUUAAAUAACUGAUGAAUAUUAUAAUCUCUUGAAACAAAUAAAAUAUCGAUUCAAUUGUAAAAAAAGGAUUGUUAUGAUAUUCCAAAAUGAAACUAUUUAUGAACAUCGAUUGAAACCUAAAUUAUAAUUCUUAAUUUACUGGGUUUUAUAAAUAUGUACUGAAGUUGACUGAAACCUUAUAAGUAACAACAUGAAUCGAAUAAAAUAUCUCAGAGUGUGUCAAAGUUCAA